GAUAUGCAUGUUGGGGAAGCAAAAGAGAAAGCGAUGUUGGUGAGGUUCAAUCCGAAGACAGAUUUACACAUGCCCGCUGCCGUAAAUUGAUCUCAGAUUGAGCCGCGCCAAUAUCACUUUCUCAACUAAUUGUUGCUUCUUCUCUCUUCUUCAUGAUCAAUUGAUUUCCUCUCUCUAACCUCAUCUAUCAGAGAUGCUGCAUGCUAUACUUCAUUUCUGAUUCCAAGCAGUCCUCUCGAUCUAGCUAGAGAUCGAUGACAGAUAUGCAAUCUCCCUCUCUCUCUCUCUCUCUCUCUCUCUCAUGUAAUAUCUUGUGAUCGAUGGAGAGAAACUUUUAAUGACUUUCCCUUCAUGUACAUUUUCUGUUAACUUCUAUUCUUUGACCAUUUAUAGUCAGUCAAACAAGUCAACUCUUUUACUUUUCAUAGAUGAAUUGUUGAUCAGGUUGAACACAUUAACAUAUAAAUCAAAAGUCCAAUAAAUUAGGUUAAUGUUUGAUUACAUCUCUUAUAGAGGUGUGACGAGACGACCAACUCAACUCACAGAUUUAAAAAUAUUAUCUGUAUUUUAAAGACAAAAUAAGCGUAAUGAGAAGAAGUGGGACUUCAUGUCGUCCACGGGUAGCAAAGGAAAAAAAAAGACAACAGGAAAGUUAUUGAAUCAUCAAAUAAUAUGUAAAAAUUAUUCGGUGGAAGGCUAUAGUUCUGGUCGGUGUCGGUUGUCAUAAGUUGAGCUUCGUUCUGUUUGUAACCCGAUGCUACUCACAGCUUCUUAAAUCUGUAACCUAACCGCUUUAAUUUUUCAUUAGAGCAUUUGGCCAGCCAUGAUCAAUUUGGCAUAUGCAACCACCCCCACCCAUAUUGUUAGUUUUUAGGGUAAACCUUUGACCUUUAAACCAAUCCCUUGGAAUUGGUUUUUUUAAGACUCUGUGGCCCAAAAAUAUAGCCUAGUAUGCAGGGGCUUUAGAAAUUGAUGGAUUUACCACCCUCCCUAUAUAUUCUGAAAUAUGCAUCGACCUCAAAUCCUAAGCCUUCAUUCAACUCAGACGCGUUACAAACAGCUUUGGUUUCUCAUAUUUCUCUUAGCUAACUCCAUUAAAGCCUACCAACAGAUUUAUUUAUUUAUUUUGUAACUAGCUUGCAAGUGCAUUCAUCGGAGGAGAACCAUCCAUUUCGUUUAUAGGGUACUUCACUUCUCAUCCCAGGCCGAGGAAUUUAGAUUUCUUGUUGGAUAAUUUUGUGUUCGUAUGAAAUGGAGGUGGGUACUUGGGAACCGGAGUUGACCAACGUCUCCGCCUGCACCCUAUGUGUUCCAGCAUCAAUUUCCCCUGGACGGCUGCUCAGCGGCAGCGUUGGAAAGAAUCAUGCCUACCAAAAGCUGCCCCAACAGCCCCUUAAGCUCUUCGUUAUCAAAUUGGACGGCUCUAGCUUUGAGGUGGAAGUUCCGAAGACGGCGACGGUGGCCGAACUUAAAGAGGCAGUGAAGGAUGUUUUUAAUCAGUCACCAAUAGAUGAAAUGAUUUCAUGGUCACAUGUGUGGGGUCAUUUUUGCUUAUGUUAUAAAGGCCAGAAGCUUCUCGAUUAUAAGGCAUAUAUCCGACUUUUUGGAAUCAAGGAUGGCGAUCAGAUAUGUUUUGUGCGGCAUGCUUCAAUUAAGUAUGAGGGCCCGGAAAAGAGACGAAUAGGGUUGUGGAGGAAAAGGAUAUAUGACAGCCCUGCCUAUGAACAGCUUGUGAUGAACAAUAAUUACACGUGAUGAAUUGCCAUGCAGUAUUAGGAUUGUGGACACGAAUGCUUCCACAGAUGACAAAUCUGAUAUUCCUUCAUUCAAUUUUUUUUUUUUUGGUUAGUCAUUGUGUUAUUUAUAGGUGUAGUAGAUUCACAGGAAAAUUGUAAAUUGUUGAAAUAACACGGUUCGAUUGUGACCAAAAUCGAAAUCGAUAAAUGUUUCAAGCACCAACGAUGCCAUGGAAAUUUAAUUAGAAGACUUAUAGAAGGGUAGGUAGGCGAUCAAACAUGUUGAUGAGAGGAGGAUAUCUAAAUGUCUUACUCUGCAUAAUUGUAUAGUUAGCCAUGAGUUUGGACUCACUGCAGAACUCAUUAACUUGGACUAA